GUCGCGUGCUCGCCCGGUGUCCGCGCGCAUGCCGUCCGGAGCGCGCUCGCAUCAGCUCCCAGGUGUGCGGGGAAACGGAAAAAGACGGAGAGCACGAUGAUGGCGAGCGCUGCAGAGGAGAUAUGUCACAGCAGUCCUAGAUCUGAAAAUAAUGCCACGACCGUGCAGUUUAAAAUCACAAGGAAAAACCAGGACAGACCCUGGAAAUUGAGGGUUGUUUACCUGCAGUGCUAUUUCAUAUCCGUUGCAACGAUUCUUGGAACUGGAAUAUUGGGUCUCCCGGUCACUGUCGCACGUGCUGGACUUCUCCCUUUCCUCGUCUCAUUUCUAAUUGGCUUCUUCAUACAAGGUUUGCUCAUUUACCUGUUUGUGGACCUGCUGCAGAGGUGCAGAGCUUCCCAGAUGGAGUCUUUGAAGUCAGCAGAGACGGAGAGAAUUCAGAUGCAAGACGUUUGUGCAGAGGAGCCGUCUGUCACUCAAACAGAAGGCGCGGAGGAGGAAGAGGAGGAGGAAGAAAGCGAAGAGCCUGGUCUGCUGGGCUCUGAUUUGAUAAGGAGGUCAUUAAAAAGAUGGAUUUCUUCGAGCCAGAGAAUGUUCAGCUGCUACCCGCGUGGUUACGUGUGUACUAUAGUAACACCAUUCCAGGACUUAAUUCAUCAGGACAGAGGUUUGCUGCAGAGGGGCGUCGCUGACAAGACCUUGGAGAAGGAGCCGGAACCCAACCUUCACGUCCUGGGCCUCCUCUUCCUCAGCAAGCGCAUGAGCCACGCCUUCAACUUCAUCCUGCUCUUCCAGUUCAUCUCCAUCGGGAUCAGCUACGCUCUGGCGGGCAGUGAGGCCUACGCAGAACUUCUGCAGGUCAGCCACACCUGCGCUAUCCCUGUGUUCACCUGGAUCCUCUCUCUGGGAAUUCUCCUGGCUCAGGUUGUGAUCCAGCCAAUCACGUCCCUGCUCACCCUCCUUAAAGGAGCCAUGUUGAUCGUCACAGUGUCUGUGACAUUUGCUGUGGGCUCAGAAGUUCACCAGGAGAUGACAAAUGACUUCUCCCAGAUAGGAAAGCCUUUCCUGAUGGGCACAGUAGCGCUGGGUGGGAUUGUUAAUGUGAUGCCCUUUCUAUUCUCUGAAAUAUCCAAUAACAGAACCCAGAUCCUGUGGUUCAGACGAGCCGUGCUGGCGGGGCUGGUCACCUGCGCCAUUUUGAAUGUCUUAUGGUGCUGGGCAGUGUUGGAAAUUGUUCCCCAGAUGUCUGUUCAGAAGGUUUUAGAAGAUGGAGUCUGGAAUAAGAGCGUACCAGCGUACACACUCACCUACUCCAACAUCUCUCUAGAGCAGUCGGAGAGAGCUGGGGAGAUAGCAACCAUCCCGCUGACACAGAUCAUUACCCAGAAGUACAGUCGCUUCUCCUGGGUGGCGCAAUUGAUCCAGACUUUUAUUGCCAUCAGCUUAACAGUCUCCUUUCUGGUUAUGGGCUCGGCGAUGAAACACACAAUCGACGGGUUGGUGACGGCACACUGGGAUCUGGAGCCAGAGGGUGUGUCAGGAAGCUGGGAGAAGAGUCUACCUCAUUUCCUGCAGGGCUGCAACACCCAGAGAUUAGCCCGUGGAUUUAUGUCUGUUCUGGCAUUUGGGCUCAUUUUCCUGGUCGCAGUCUGUGAUCCGAAGGGCUUUGUGGUGAUGCUAGACAAAGUGGUGUCUUUCUCCUUAAACACGGAAGUAGGCCUGUUCAUCUUCAUAAUGCUCCAGACGUCCAGGUCUGAGUCUUUCAAACACCUCUCGGUGCCUUUGCCUGUGAGUGAGAGAAUGUUCUGGAUGCACAGGAUUCUGCCCGUCUACUUCCUGUUUGCCGUGGGGUACGACGUUUUCAGCACCCUGACCGAGGUGGCGGAGAGCUGGAUCCAAACGCAGUCCCCGAUUACCAACACCUCCCUGCACUGAGCCCCAAAACCCCAAACCCCAACACCCCACUGCCCUGAGUCCCAAACCCCC